GCCUAUCAUUCUUUUAAGGGUAGUGUCACUAUUGGUGAUUAUGCACGCCAAGACCAGACACACUCUAACUUACAAAACUAUUUGAUUCUAAGUUGGGUAAGGAAAUCAUCAACAAAUGGAGCCAAAUAACAAAGCAACAUUCCUUGUUUGUAUUAUGUUUAAUUGUCUCCUCAUCACCUUACACCACUCACACUCACAUUUUGGUUAUAUUCUCUCAUCAUCACUACUUUAUCCUUUCAUUGUGGUUAUGAAGUCCCCCACAUCACUAACAUAACUAUCAUUCUUGCUUCCACAUGAAACCACUUUCUCACAUUGAUUUAUAGUCAAGUUUUCUAGUUCUCUAUACCUCUCAACACUAAGCAAGCAACAAUUAAGAAAUUCUUCCAAUAUGGAGAUGAAGAAGAGUGAAUGUGAAAGAGAAACCAAAGAGGAAGAGUUCAAUGAAGAUAGUAUACAAACUAUAAUGUUCACCUUAGGUACAUUUCUUCUAAUGGUUUGUCUAAAGAGUUUCUUAGUUGAGAAGUGGCGUGCUUAUGUGUUCCUAAUCCUCAAUGUCAUUCUAUUAGCCAUUCUUUUCAUGUCUAUGAAGCCAAAUUAUUGGAAAAGUAGAAAUUUAGAAAGUGAAAGCAAUGUUGAAGAAGUGAAAAAUGAUGACAAAUUGAAGAAAAGUGCAUGUGAGUCUUCUCAAGAAAUUGAAGAAAAUAAAGAAUGUUACAAACAACAUUGUUGGAUUAGUACUAAUAUUAGUAGUACUAAUCAUGUCCAUGUUGAGAAUGAGAUUGAUGAGGAAGAAGAGGAAGAGGAUGAACAUGUUGAAGUGUUGUCUAAGGAAGAAUUGAAUGAAAGAGUGGAAGCUUUCAUAGCUAUGUUUAGGAAGCAUUUGAUUUCAGAUGUUAAACAAGGUGAAGAUUUUAGGCACCAAAAAACAUCAAAUUUGACACCAAAGAUUGAAGUUUCUUGUUGUUGAGGCUUAGGAUCUAAAGAGAGAGCUAUAAUUUUUUGUUUGUUUUUAAUUUAUUAUUUUGUUCUAACAAUUAAGGAUGAUGUUUUCUUGGUACUACAUUGUUUGGAUUAAUGCAAUUUGUAGACAUGUUGUUUACAUUAUUAA